AUGGGUUCCCUGGGUAUGGAGAAUGGAGGGGUAGCUCCACUUGGUGGGGCGUCUGCUCUUAAGGAACCUCUGCCGGAGCUUCCACUUUCUGCUACAUCUCAAGUUCCUGACCAAAUUGACUCCACAAUUGAGCAAUUGCGUAUACAAUCUGAACCGCUUUCAGAUACUCAAUUAUCUCCUGUUACCGAAAACACCGAAGUUUCUAUAAAAGAGGAGCCGGAUAUUAAAGAUAAUGGCAAUGUUGACAUCUUAUCGAUUGAGCCUCAGUUUGACCCGAAAGCUGCUAUCGACAAGCUGUUGAAAAUUGAUAUGGAGCAUGGAUUUAAAGUCUCCGAUAUCAACAUUGAACCGACAGCUGCCUUUAAAACACUCGUCGAGAUAAAGAUGGCUGUCAUAAGGGCAGCUGUUUCUUCCAAAAAUGGCCACGAGCCAAUUCUUGAGAACUGGCGAAAAGUCAAGAUCUUUCUCUAUAUAAUCUCACGCGUCGAAGACAGCAUUACACCAGAGAUCAGCAAGUCUCUCAAACUCAAGGAAGUCCUUGAGCUCUUUGCCUAUCCAUUAUGCCCUAAAGAAUUCUCCAGCAUUGCAAAAGCUCUGAUCGAUAGAAUUGAGGCUCAAAAUGGUUUUGAUGCUCCACCUCCACCUCCACCAGCGGCAGCAUUGACUAUCGACUCACAAUCUGCCAAUGCAAAUAAAGAUAAGAAGCGAAAGUCCGUCAGUGAGACUCCUGCAUCUUCGAAGAAAUCUAGGAAUAAUUCCUCCCGGGAAAGCCCCGUUCCCAGUUCCACAGGCUACUCGGCUCCACCUGCAUCAGCUAGCCAUAUCUGGGGAGAUAAUGGUAUCAUGCGCGGCAUUUUAUGGAAACAGGGUGGUCAUGUAACUCUCGACGACAAAAAGGCGCACAUAUUCAAGAAGAACGCGAAGAUUCACGGUCACAAUGGUCUCACUGUUGGAGACUGCUGGCCAAGACAGAUGGCAGCCCUUCGUGAUGGUGCACAUGGAGCUCCACAAGCUGGAAUCGUUGGAGAUAAGAAAGAAGGUGCUUAUAGCAUCGUAAUUUCAAAGCACUAUGACGGAUUUGAUAGGGAUGAAGGAGAUAUAGUAUACUAUUCUGCGCCUGGUGCUUAUGGAUCCAUCAUCAAGGAAGCCGAUUCGGAAACCCGGUUGCGUGUUCUAAGAAACGCUGGUUGUGCUUGGAAAAACGGUCCUGCCGCUGGCAUUAGGUACGAUGGACUAUAUCAGGUCACAUGGGGCAAUGCCGAAAUUAAUGGAAAGGGUGGCAGAUUUUGGAGAUUCACACUGGAGAGACUGCGUCGGGUUGAUGGAAGUGAUCAGGCUCCUAUCAAUCUUAGUAGACCUACUAAGGAGGAAGUUGGUCUGUUCGAGAAGGUUAAGGAGGGUUAUUGA